AAGAUUAAAGUCAAAUACCGUUAUCGUGAAAUUCAAAAUAAAGACGUUUUACUUAUAUUAAACAUUUAGGUUAAGAAUUCUGUAAAGUUGGGCUUGUUAAUAAUAUUGAUAAUACUCGAAGGGGUUAAGGUGUAAGUUAAUAAAGCGCAUCGCAUGUAUUAAAUCCGACUAUCAGCCCUCAGUGCGGUUAAGUGCAACGGAAAAAUUUAUUUAAACCUGCAUAUAAAGUUUUAGAUAUACUAGAUUUUUACUUGCCGAUGCAUGAUUUGUUCAUUAAUGGAUGACAUCUAGUUUUUACUUCAGCAGCUGUACUUGUGCAUCAAAACAAGCAUUAUGAAUGAUUCAUUCCUAGCAGAUUUGGAUUUAGUUCCUAAGGAUAAAAACUCCCGGAGAAGCUCACAGCUAAGCGGUAAAUACAUUACUACAAGAAAGGGUGCAUCUACCCCAGUGAAUAAUUGUUCAAAGAGUGAAAUCUUGGAAUCCAAACAUGACAGAAUAAUCUCAUCGUCGUCCGCAAGUUUGACAAAAGCCAAACGCUACAGUGGAUGUCUGGAGCCGUAUAAGUUGUCAAGUCCAGAAACCAAGCCAUUGAGUUCUACUCCAAAAUCGGAGAGAAAAAAUCAAGUGGAUGAAAACACCAAACCAGUGGAAAAUCGAAUCAAAAUAGACGAAACCACAAGAAAGUCUAACAGUAUAAAUUUGCCAAACAAAGUGCAAGACUGCAACUCUUUGAAAGGUAAAAAGCGUACAUCUAAAAGCUCAGCUGGUAAUAUUAGUAAAAAUUUUGAUGCAUCAACAAAAGAAAACACCAGACAGGCAUCCAAUACGUCAUCAUCAAGAGAUAGUUGCUCUCAGCUUGAUUUAAAAAACACUACUGUUCGGUGUACAUCUGACGUAAGAAAAAAGUCUGAUAUUUUAGAAAAAUCAGAUCCUGUACAGCUGCUAAGUGCUAUUAAAGAUUUAGUCAGCCAUUACACUGAACAGGAAGCUGUCAAGAUCUUGAGAGCAACGCAAAAUUUGUACGUCAAUUCUCAAUCAAAUUUAAUUAAACUUUUGAUGUCCCAAACAAGUGAAAUAGUUAGUGAAUUGAGUAUCAAUAAGAAUUCUGGAAGCAUUAGUGCUUUAAUUGAGGAAAAUGAGAGAAUGCGAGAGGAAAUUUUCAUUCUGCGGGCUCGAAACGAAAUUUUACAGACAAAAGUUAACGAAAUAAUACUACUAAAGGACGAGAAUUUGUCACUGAAAUUAAAAUUAAAAGAUUUGGAGCAGUAAUUUUCAUCAA